AUGGCCGCCUCGCACCGAGCGGCGAAGUUGGUGUCCUCCAGUCUCCAGACCCCGGUAAAUCCCAGCACCGGAGCGCGGGUCGCCCAGUACGAACGCGAAGACCCCUUAGCAGCCCUGGCGGCAGCGGCGGCGGCCUUGGAGGAGGAAGAGAAGGAGGUGGAGCAGCCCGCGGGGCCGUCGGCUAAUUUUAACACCAACUCUUCUGGGGUGGAUGAACAUGCACCAAUAAGCUAUGAGGACUUUUUGAACUUUUCUGAUGUUUACCACUCUAAUGAAGAGUAUUUCAGGAAACUAGAAGAGCUGAAGGCUGCCCACAUAGAAACUAUGUCAAGAUUAGAGAAAAUGUACCAGGAUAAAUUAAAUUUAAAGGAAGUUCAGCCAGUGAUCAUCAGGGAAGAUGUUUCUAGUGUUUCUUCCAGAUCUUUAUCAGAAAAGAACUCCUAUCACCCUGUCUCGGUAGUGACAUCAUUUUCGGAGCCUGAUUUAGGUCACUCUCCCACCUUGUAUACAUCUUCCUCUGAAGAAGAGUUGCCCAACUUAGAAAAAGAGUAUCCCAGGAAAAACAGAAUGAUGACCUAUGCUAAGGAGCUCAUCAACAACAUGUGGAAAAACUUUUGUGUUGAAGAUUAUAUUCAGUAUAAAGAUACUGACUUCCAAGCAGUUAGAAAAAAAAGGAAGAAACAGAAAGAAUGGGUGCCCACGAUUACAGUACCUGAGCCUUUUCAAAUGAUGAUUAGAGAACAGAAGAAGAAAGAAGAGGCCAUGAAAUCUAAAUCAGAUAUUGAAAUGGCACAUAAACUCAAAAAAGAAGAAGAUUCAGAGUGUAAGAAGAAAUUCCGAGCCAAUCCAGUUCCUGCCAGUGUCCUUCUCCCCCUGUAUCAUGAUUUAGUCAAGCAAAAAGAAGAACGGAGGAAGUCUAUCAAGGAGAAAAACAAAGAAGCUCUUUUGGCCUUGCAAAAGCCAUUUAAGUUUAUUGCAAGAGAGGAACAGAAGCGAGCAGCCCGGGAAAAGCAGCUGGGAGACUUUUUUAAGUCUAAAAAGAAAACAAAUCAAUUUAAAGCCAGACCCAUACCUCGAUCUAUUUAUGGUUCAACUAGCAGUAACAAGUUAAAAGAAGAAGAGCUCUACAGGAACCUUAGGACGCAGCUGAGAGCCCAAGAGCUUUUGCAGAAUUCAUCCCCUCUGCCUCGUAGGUCAGCCUGCAGACGUUUCAGGAACCCCAAGUGUCCUGAACAGGCUGAAAAGUUGAAGUGUAAACACAAGGUUAGGGGCCGGACUCAUGAUUCUGAAGACCAUCCUGAGGGAUAUCAGAAACAGCUUUCAGAAUACAAGUGUCCAAAACUCUUAACAGUCUGUAAACCAUUUGAUCUUCAUUCAUCCUCACAUGCAUCUACUAAGAGAGAAAAAAUUUUGGCAGACAUUAAAGCAGAUGAAGAAAAUUUAAAAGAAACACGUUGGCCUUAUCUGUCUCCAAGGCAUGAGUCACCAGUAAGAAGUGCAAGUGCAAAGUCCAUGCCCUGUAACUGCAACCCUCCAAUGCCCACAGUAUCUUCCAGAGGACGAGAACAAGCCACCAGGAAAUCACUUGAGGAAAAGAAAAUGUUGGAGGAAGAAAGAAAUCGGAUCCUAACUAAGCAGAAGCAAAGAAUGAAAGAAUUGCAGAAACUCCUGACAACCCGGGCUAAGGCUUAUGACUCACAUGAAAGUUUAGCUCAAACGUCUAAAUCCAGAGUAAAAUAUCUCAGAAAGAGUGAAAAGGAAAGGAUGAGAGAAUAUCAACGAGAACUAGAAGAAAGAGAAGAAAAAUUAAAAAGGAGGCCACUACUAUUUGAAAGAGUUGCUCAGAAAAAUGCAAGAUUGGCAGCAGAAAAACAUUAUUCUAACACCCUAAAAGCACUAGGAAUAUCUGAUGAGUUUGUUUCAAAGAAAGGCCAAAGUGGAAAAGUAUUUGAGUACUUCAGCAAUCAAGAGAUGAAAACUUUCACUGAAGAUAAAGAAAGCUUUAAUGGAGAAGAAAAAAUAGAAGAAAGAGAGAAUGGGAAAGAAAAUUAUUUUAUUGAUACCAACAGCCAGGAUUCUUGCAAGGAAAAAGAUGAAUCCGAUGAAGAAAGUGGAGAAGAGAAAGAAUCACAGUUGAAUUCUGUUGAUGAAUAAAACUGAAUCAGCAAGGUCUCCUCUCUGUGCCCUUGCUGUUGCUUGCGGCAUUGGGUGUUAGCAGCCACCUUUGUGAUGUUAUGAACAUCUGGGGGACACCUCUGAUAUGUGCAGGGCUGUUGAGCAAAGUCAUCUGUAGUCUGAAAGGCUGAAUCUAGCUGAUCGGUCAUUUGGUCAGUUAGAGAAGGCUUUGCCUAUUCAUUCUUUUAAUUGCUACAUAUGGUCUGUUUGCAACUAUGAUCUUGUAUUUUAAAAAAGUGUUUGAGAAUCACAGCUGUCACAAACUAAUUAGUUAUAAAAAUAUACAUUACUUCAUUAUUUUUGGAGGGAAAAAAUGGCUUAGUAUUGAGAGCAGAGAGAAGAAU